CCAUUCUCCAAGAAGAGCUUAGCUUUCGGUUUCGCCUCAAGCUCUUCUUCCACCCAUCCAUCCAUCUAUCUAUCCAUCUAUAAACGUACGCAAUUAGUACUAGCAGUGGUAGCAUCUGUCGUGCUUGUACUGCUCCCUGCAUUGUUUUCGUUCCAUCUGUUGUGUAACCUGCAAUGGAGUGCGAGACCGGCCUCGUCGGCUCCCUCAACGGCGAGGGGCUCUGUAUGUCGGCCCCCCGCGCCGACCCCCUCAACUGGGUGAAGACCGCCGAGGAGCUCACCGGGAGCCACCUCGAGGAGGUGAAGAAGAUGGUGGCGCAGUUCCGCGAGCCGCUGGUCACCAUCGAGGGCGCCUCCCUCGGGAUCGCGCAGGUGGCCGCCGUGGCCGCCGGCGCCGGCGUCGCCAGGGUCGCGCUCGACGAGUCCGCCCGCGGCCGCGUCAAGGAGAGCAGCGACUGGGUCAUGACCAGCAUGAUGAACGGCACCGACAGCUACGGCGUCACCACCGGCUUCGGGGCCACCUCCCACCGCCGCACCAAGGAGGGCGGCGCGCUCCAGAGAGAGCUCAUCAGGUUCCUUAACGCCGGUGCCUUCGGAACUGGCACGGACGGACACGUUCUGCCCGCCGAGGCAACACGCGCGGCUAUGCUCGUCCGCAUCAACACCCUCCUCCAGGGUUACUCGGGCAUCCGCUUCGAGAUCCUCGAGGCCAUCACCAAGCUGCUCAACGCCAAUGUCACGCCGUGCUUGCCGCUCCGGGGCACCAUCACUGCAUCCGGUGACCUUGUGCCGCUGUCCUACAUUGCCGGCCUUAUCACCGGCCGACAGAACUCUGUUGCGGUGGCCCCUGAUGGCAGCAAGGUGACCGCUGCCGAGGCAUUCAAGAUCGCCGGGAUCGAGCACGGGUUCUUUGAGCUGCAGCCCAAGGAGGGCCUUGCCAUGGUGAACGGCACGGCUGUGGGCUCUGGUCUUGCAUCGACCGUGCUCUUUGAGGCCAAUGUUCUGUCCGUCCUUGCUGAGGUCUUGUCUGCGGUGUUCUGCGAGGUGAUGAACGGCAAGCCGGAGUUCACUGACCACCUGACCCACAAGCUGAAGCACCACCCUGGACAGAUUGAAGCAGCUGCAAUCAUGGAGCACAUCUUGGAGGGAAGCUCAUACAUGAAGCAGGCAAAGAAGCUUGGCGAGCUCGACCCCUUGAUGAAGCCGAAGCAGGACCGGUAUGCCCUCCGCACUUCGCCUCAGUGGCUCGGCCCACAAAUCGAAGUUAUUCGAUUUGCCACCAAGUCGAUUGAGCGUGAGAUCAACUCUGUCAACGACAACCCGCUCAUCGACGUCUCCCGUGGCAAGGCCAUCCACGGUGGCAACUUCCAAGGCACCCCCAUUGGUGUCUCCAUGGACAACACCCGCCUCGCCAUUGCUGCUAUUGGCAAGCUGAUGUUCGCGCAGUUCUCGGAGCUCGUGAACGACUUCUACAACAAUGGCCUGCCUUCCAACCUGUCCGGUGGGCGCAACCCGAGCUUGGACUAUGGUUUCAAGGGCGCCGAGAUCGCCAUGGCCUCGUACUGCUCUGAGCUGCAGUUCUUGGGCAACCCGGUGACUAACCAUGUCCAGAGCGCGGAGCAGCACAACCAGGAUGUGAACUCACUUGGUCUGAUCUCAUCCAGGAAGACCGCCGAGGCUAUUGACAUCUUGAAGAUCAUGUCUUCCACGUUCCUGGUGGCUCUGUGCCAGGCCAUUGACCUUCGCCACAUUGAGGAGAACAUGAAGACAGCGGUGAGGAACUGCGUGAUGCAGGUGGCCAAGAAGACCCUGAGCAUGAACAACAUGGGCGGCCUCCACAUCGCCCGCUUCUGCGAGAAGGAUCUGCUGACCGCGAUCGACCGCGAGGCGGUGUUCGCGUACGCGGACGACCCGUGCAGCCCCAACUACCCGCUGAUGCAGAAGCUGCGGGCGGUGCUGGUGGAGCACGCGCUGGCCAACGGCGACGGCGAGCGCGCCCUGGAGACCUCCAUCUUCGCCAAGGUGGCGGAGUUCGAGCAGAACAUCCGCGCGGUGCUGCCCAAGGAGGUGGAGGCCGCGCGCGCGUCCGUGGAGAACGGCACGCCGCUGGCUCCCAACCGGAUCAAGGACUGCCGCUCCUACCCGCUGUACCAGUUCGUGCGCGAGGUGUGCGGCACCGAGUACCUGACCGGCGAGAAGACGCGGUCGCCCGGGGAGGAGCUGAACAAGGUGCUGGUGGCCAUGAACGAGCGCAAGCACAUCGACCCGCUGCUGGAGUGCCUCAAGGAGUGGAACGGCGAGCCCCUGCCGCUCUGCUGAGCAGCCGACGAGACAAGGUAACACCAAAGGAAAAGAAAACACGUACACACAAAGUGAAUAUAGAAGUGGUUCAAGACUGUGAAGCGGGAGGUUCCUGGUAUAUCUACGUUUCAUUGUACUUAGUUAAGUUGAUGCUACUGUUGUUUUUUCUCGCUGCCGCCAUGCCAUGAGCAGGCGAGGCAGGCAGCUUCUCAAACUUGUGUUGUUGUAACUUGUAUGAUGGGAGCUUAAGUACAUUACUUUGUUUCAUAAUA